UUCGCUGUCACUUCCGGCCCUACGGCAGCCGGCGGGGGUCAAGCCGCGGACGGAGGCGCUGUCUGAGUGCGUCACUGCGCGUGGGCGUCACUUCCGGCUGGCGGCGGCGGGAGCACCAUGCCCAAGUUUUACUGUGAUUACUGUGACACGUACCUCACCCAUGACUCGCCCUCGGUGAGAAAAACCCACUGCAGUGGCCGGAAGCACAAGGAGAACGUGAAGGAUUAUUACCAGAAAUGGAUGGAGGAGCAAGCCCAGAGCCUGAUUGACAAAACAAUAGCGGCUGCAUUCCAGCAAGGGAAAAUUCCACCGACCCCGUUCUCGGCACCACCUCCAGCCGGAGCCAUGAUUCCACCUCCUCCCAGCAUCCCUGGCCCCCCCCGGCCCGGCAUGAUGCCAGCCCCACACAUGGGGGGGCCCCCGAUGAUGCCAAUGAUGGGCCCACCACCCCCGGGAAUGAUGCCAGUCGGACCUGCUCCUGGGAUGAGGCCGCCCAUGGGAGGACACAUGCCAAUGAUGCCAGGGCCCCCAAUGAUGAGGCCCCCCUCCAGACCCAUGAUGGUGCCAACCAGGCCGGGAAUGACCCGUCCAGACAGAUAAAGAUGGAGAUGGAGCUGCCUUUUCAUAUUAGGACCUUUCCUAUGAUAAAUACCACAGACCUGUGUCCCUGGGGCUUUGUACUCAGUGUGUGGAUGGACACAGCCAGCACUGACUUGUAUGAGGUCUAGCUUUUUAGGUGUCUCUUCAAUUGUAUUAUUAUUUCCCCCCUCCACCACUGAAUGAUAAAAACAAGAAUAAAGCAUUGGUGUUGUUUCCAUAUGGA